AAGGUCAGGAGGUCAAUGGGUAUGAGCACAUCUUACCUGUCAUACCAGAUAGUGUCCGUGUACAACUUGAGGACACGCACUUACUCAGCUCAGAACCUCUCAGGUCCUAACAGACGACAGUCCUUUCACUGGCAGCGGUCUAAAGUCUUCAGAAUGGUGAAAAUCCUGCUCUUCUGCCUUUUUGCCUAUGUCUACAGCCAGAGCACCCUCAGUCCCGAGCAGCAGGCGCUGCUGCAGUCGUUACAGGCUGUCUUCAACCGCGUGGACACUAAUGGUGACGGCAGGAUAGUGCUUGACGAACAGCUGGCAUACUUCGACAACCUGGACCUCAACAAGGACGGAAAGUUAGAUUACAGAGAAUUUCUAGCCAGUCGCGUGGAUUCCGGACCCGCGCCGUCGCAAGUCAUCCUGAAUGCCACCUUCACGUACUACGACACGGUGGCCGGCAAGGUCCCUGCUGAUGGCUUCCUGUCCCGCAAUGAUGUCCGAGACCUCUUUCAGCUUCUUGAUCUUGAUGGAAAUGGCGAAGCCUCUCUUGUUGAGUUUGACACAGCUUUCAUCAAGGUUGGUGAAGCCAUUGCCGCUCUGAUUAAUGCAAAAACAACUCCAAGAAGCUGAAAAAGCAUCCACAAAACCUCAAGACAAAUCGUUUAAAAUCCUUGAAAAGCAAAUGCAUCUUUUUAAUUAAAUUGGUGUUGCUUA